GGAGGCGCGGAUCGCAUGUGCAUUUCGCUACGCCGUUCAGCCGCCAUCCGAUAAAGCAGCGGCUAUCGCGAGAAAAAUGAUAAGCCCCGUUCAGGCAGAAGAGCAGAGCCGGAAAGGAUCGUGUUCGGGCCACAACCAUGCGGCGGACUGUGUUUUGCAAGCUGCUUCAGCGGCAAACCUACAACGUCUUGUCCGAGAAGCGUCUCUGCGUGGUUUCGCUUCUCGCCUUCGCCGUGCUGGCCGUCUCGGCGUUCCAUUUUUGCGAGGUUGCGUUUGAUUGGAGCAAGACCAAGUAUGCUGCCGUCUUUGACAGAUUCCGAGACAACAUCGCCGGCGAGAACUACCAAGACAGGCUGUGCCAAGACAUGCCUAUCGAUGCUGUCUACACCUGGGUGAACGGUACAGACCCAGAACUCGUGAGGAAUCUGUCUCUCAUCAGAAAACAACUCAUGCUAGAGGCUAACAAGUCGAGCCCAGCGGUGUGUCCGUUCAAGAUGUGCGUCAUGUCUCCAAUCCUUAUGCUGAAGCACGACUUGAAUGGCUCGUCACUGCCAACCGUGCAAGAUGGCGAUGUUGAGCGGGUCGUUCGGCUGUCGCACAACCUCAAGGAGCCUCGUUCUCUCGUGGCCCUUCUGUACUCCUCUGUGGACGCAGCCAAGCAGGUUGCUGCGAUUGGCCACACGCUUGUCUCUGGGAGGAAUGCCACGGUCGGUGUGACGUUUGUGACAGCCGACACGGCAGCCAGCAACACCGUCCCAUUGGAAGACAUGCUCAUGGUUUCUGGGAUCUCAUCUGGUGUGAGCGCCCAGGAUGUGACCGAGAAGUUAUCGUAUGCCUUGCAGGAUGGCGUUGUCAAGGUGUACAUGUAUGAGGAAGAAAGCCUGGCUCUAGUGGUCACCUCUGGGAAGUCGGCAACGGAGGUGCUGUCCAAGGUGAAUGUGUCACUCAAGGCACGAUUAGUCACAAUCAGCCGAGUAUCCCUAGUCGUCGAUCCCCUAUUGGAAAAUGAAGACCUUGUGGCAAGCCGAUUUGCUGACAAUGAUGAACUGAAGUACUCGCUGCGGUCACUGGAGCGGUAUGCCCCCUGGGUGAGGAAGGUGUACAUAGUCACCAACGGCCAGAUUCCUUCGUGGCUCAACUUGGACUGCCCUCGAGUCACUAUAGUCACUCACGAGGAAAUCUUCCCCAACAAGAGUCAUCUGCCAACGUACAGCUCUCCGGCCAUCGAGACGCACCUGCACCGCAUCCAAGGCCUAUCGCAGCGCUUCAUCUACCUCAACGAUGAUGUUUUCUUCGGCAAGGAAGUGUGGCCGGAGGACUUCUACACCCAUGCUGCAGGCUACAAGGUGCGUCUGGCCUGGCCUGUACCCGACUGUGCCUUGGGCUGCCCGACAUCGUGGGUGAAAGAUGGCUACUGCGACAAGCCGUGCAACAACUCAAAGUGCGAGUGGGACGGUGGGGACUGCCUGGGCUCCGCAGCCUCGGUGACAGCCCGCCCCUUCAACCUGCUGCCUUUUCCAAGGCCAGACCUCAGCAAGUUGUACUGCAGCACAAGCUGUGCCAACAGCUGGCUUGCUGACAAGUUCUGUGAUCAGGCGUGCAACGUACUGCCGUGUGCUUUUGAUGCCGGUGAUUGCGGAACAGCGAACUAUGGCCAACUGUAUUCUCUGGACCUAUCAUGGCACCAAAAGAAUUACAGCCUCCCGUCAGGCCACACGCUUGCCUACUUCAACUUGUCCUCCUUUCUGGGAGAGGGUGGCUCCCUGACCGACGGAAACUACGAGGAGAACGCAGCUGUGCGCCUGGUGGCAGUGUCUGUGCCGAGCAGUGUCAUCACAGUCAUGAUCUUCCCAAACAGCAGUGCCACCACAGUGGACUUGACUGUCACUGGCCUGCGGGGCAGUGUGUCCUUUGAGUUCAAGUUUACGCUGACGACUGGCGUGGAUGUGCCGGCAGAGAAGUUAACCACUGCUGCGCCAUUGUUGCCAACAGAAGUGAGCUCACCACCAGUGAAGGCAUUGGCAGUUACCGAGGAAACUGUCAACUUUACAGGAUACCCAGAGAAUAUGAGGUAUCCACCGGAUCCAGAGCUGCUUCCAGAUGGUGAGGAGUUGUAUCGCUAUGCGGACGUCGAUGUGAGACGUUCGAUGCUGCCUGGAGAACUUGUGCGUGAGAUAGUGGAAGCCAGGGUCCUAUACUCAACAGGAUUGGUGACCCUGAAAGGCUUUCGUAAGCGCAAGUCCCAGCUGAUUGAGCAGUACAUAAAAAACGCCACCUUGGUCGGAGACCAGGACAUUGACCUCGUCUUCCGGCAAGGGGCUGCCUCAAAUGCCACUGCAGCCAAUGAGACUGCGCUUCGGCCACCUCAACGGGCGCUGCUCGGUCUUCGGGAGGGCUGGCUGCCGUGGGAAAAACAAAACGUGUUUGGUGCCUUGAUGAAGAGGCACACGGAGGUAACAGUAGAGCCCAUCAGGUGGCAUCGGCGACGCUUGCUGGACACCUUUGGGGACUCUCUGCGCCACGUGAACCGGUUGUUCAACACUGCAUUCGGCUACGAGACACGCAAGGUCCCCUCGCACAUGGCACACAUGAUCGACGUUGAAGUUAUGAAACGGCUCCAAGAUAAGUUUCCUGAAGAGUUCGACAGGACGUCUUCGCACAAGAUCCGCAGCCCCAACGACAUGCAGUUUGCCUUCUCCUACUUCUACUUUUUGAUGAGCGAGAAGCAUGAGAUACUGCCAGAGGAGCACUUUGAUGCAUUUGAUGUCGACAAGUCAGGGACCUGGUCAGACCGGGAGAUCCGGACCUUAGUCGCACGCCUUUUUGACUUGCCCAUGGAGACUGCCAACUCACGUCAGGUGGAAGAACACCUUGCAGAGUGUGCACGCAACUUCACCCCUGCCAUCAUUCCCUCAACGCCGUCCUACGAGCGCUACCUUGAGUCUAAGCUGCCAACUGUUACCAAAGAAGCAGUUAUGAAGUGUGAGCCCAUCUUGUCGCUGUUGAGCAAAGCGGCACGCACUCGACCUGCCAACCAUUUUGAGACGGUCAAGGUGGAAGACUACGUCUUCCGCAUGCUCAACAACAACGCUUCCCGUGUUCUCAUGCAGCUCGACGAAUUGCGCCGUGAUCCAAAGAAGUUCAUCUGCCUGAAUGACAAUCUAGACUACUCCAGCAAGGACCUGAAUCUUGUGCGGCUCGUUGUGCACGACUUCUACGAGAGUCUGUUCCCAACACCAUCACAGUUUGAACUGCCAGCAGAGUACCGGAAUCGGUUUCUGUACGUUCGGGAACUGCAUGCCUGGCGUGCCGAGCGCAACUGGGUGCAUGCUGUCACCUAUAUUGCAUUCGGCGUCCUAGUCGCUUUCACAGCAGUCACAUUCUGCAAUGCCCUGCGGAGCAACCGAAAAUCUUGCCGAUCAGACAACACCUGCAUCAUCUGAAGAUACCACUCUUCUGUCUGCUGGCGGAUCUUUCGGACACUGCAGGCGUAUCGGAGCUUCUCGAAGCCGAAGGCUGCCAGGGAGGCAGUCACCAGCAGAGCCCACAUCACAAAGAUGGCGUAGGUGUCUUCGAAGGUCAGGGUGACGCGGUUGCUGUCACGUCGGCAGUGGUCCCAGUUGCCCAGCAUCUGGGCAAUCCAGCGAUCCAUGAUGCCCAUCUCACGAAGCCACACCAGUCUGCACCGAAAAAAAA